AUGACCAAGCCGUCAACGUCAGCUCAAAACGGGACGGCAAAGCAGCCAUCUGAGGCUCGCGAGAGGAUCCGCGCUUGCUCAAUCGCUCUCUCAUCAGGCUCGUCACAACUUGGCAACCUCGAAUGGUCGGAGCUGGGUCAAGCGCUAGUAGUCACCGAUGAUGCCAUCGUCGUGCUGUCUCCCUUGACUGGCCUGCAUCCAACUCUAGCGGGGCAAAGCCGCACUCAAGACGUUGAAUGUCAUCCGGACUGGCAAGACCGCUUCCCGCAUUCAGUGGCCCAAAUCAACGUCAAGACGUUUCUGGAGCACGAAACUUCCUUACGACGCAGAACAUUGCUCGAAUCGGACCACUCCUCAGUCGAUGUGCGCUUCUUGAGCGUCCAAUGGACUUCAGCAAGCUGGUCAAAGCCGGGCAUGGGUCCGAGCCAAAGCUGCCUUAUCUUAGCUACCACCUCGGAGCUCGACCUAUUCAUCCUCGGCGCUCCUGUCAAUGCUUGGACGGGGGAAUGGAAACUUCUCCAUGCCAUCAGCCUUGAUCCCAUCGCCGCAUCUGUCCAGCUCAAUGCUAUCCAGCUCGGUGACGCUGACAAAGAGGUCUUCAGCCGAUCACGCGCGCUGCUCCGUAAAAAGCAGCUGGCUACCGAAGUCAUCUGUGCAUCUUGGUCCAAAGUGCACGACCCGACUGCCAGCACCCAGACGCUGUCGUCUACAGGACCGCAAGCCACCUACAUCGUCGCCGGCACUCGAUCGGGGCACAUCGGCGUCUGGCGAUGCGCCGCCAUCUCUGGUCAUUGCACCUUCAUGUCGGCGACGCCUGUCAGCAGCACAGCUAUCGAGAAACUGCUGGUCUCACCAUCGAUGGGAGAGAACGACGCGAAUGCUCUCGCAAAGAUUGCAUUCCAAGACUCGGAUAGUGUCAAGCUUUGCGACUUCUUUGUCAUUGAGGGUGGUGCCAGUGUCAGACCUUCCGAGGGGGCGCCUGUCAGCUCCGACCGUUGCACGAUCACGGCCUGGCAGUGGCGCCAGCACCAACUCAUCUACUCGACCAUUGGCCGCAUUCACGUCUACGACGUCAAGACUGGGCAAACGACAUCAUACGUUCUUGACACAAGCACGAACAGCAAUUCGGAUCCAUAUUCUCCAACCAUUUGCAUCAGCGAUUGCUUCGACUCACGGCACAGCAUCAACGUCGUGCGACAAGACUUGCGCGAGCAUCGCAUUCUCUCAACGCAGGCUGAACAGAGUCAGUCAGCUCCGAUUCAUGUGCCGCCAAUAGAGCCUCGCAGACUCUCAGGGUAUCCACCAUUGACCGAGGUUCUGCAAAGAAAAUACGACCUCCAUCAAGCCUUCCUGAGCUACACGCCAGAGCCCGGUUCCAGCCUUUCUGCAGCUUUGACGGUAGGCGCAAUCCGUACGAACGAACGCGUCGCAUUUCUGGGCUACAAUGUAUCGGAGUCCGUCUGCUAUCAGAUGGAGGUGAUCCGCUGCGACAAUCCGGACCCCGAGUCGCUCGUCGACGAAGCGCUGCAGCGGGUCGCUUCCGGCGCGCUCCCCUACCCGCUUGCGCGAUCGAUUCUCACCAUGCUGUACACGUGCGGACAACAGAAGACGUUUAGAGAUCAGCUCGCUUCGACCACUGAGAAUCGUUGGACCGCCUUGACGGCGGCGUCCGAACCAGAGAACGAGCAACGGCGGCAAUCACGGACGGACCAAGUGUCACGACAGCAGCAGCGACAGCUUCUGUACCUACUGUCCUGCCGUCUGGAGGAGACUUCAUCAGGUGCAUCGUCAUCGCUGGAGGCGCUGCAAAAGACUCACCGAGAAGCUGUGCUGCGGGAUUGGCUUCAGAGUCACUCAAGUCCCUCAGCGGCGAUCGACGAGCGUUGCGCUGCCUGCGAAUCGCCGCUGACGCUAUCAAGCGAAGGCAUUAAUGCGGACUUCGGAUGGGCAAGAUGCCAGAAGGGCCACGUUUGGCCGCGAUGCUCGUGUAGCAUGGCCAAACUGGACAUCAUCGGCCACCAAAGCUGCGCUUUCUACCGUGUCGGUGAUCUGCUGCAGCCUGACGUACCGACGUUCGGAACGGCUGCUUUCCACGCUCGCAGCCGAAGAGAUCGGUUCCACGAUCACCCCACGCUGACCCUGAUCGCCUUGCGCAGCGCAUCUUGCCUCAUCAUGGACACCUACUCUAACCAGCAACAGCAAGACAUCAAGAUGAAGUUCUCCGCUACCGCCCUUGUCGGCAGCAUUGCCGCCCUCCUCUCCUGCGUCCAGUCUGCUCCUCUCGAGAAGCGAGCUUACGUUGACGGGUUCGAUGUCUGUGAGUCCCCUCGUGUCUCUCAACACCCCUUCGUCCGGUAUACCUUUUGA